AUGACGGCGGCCUUGUUUGCCGCAGCAGCCGCCAUCAUGGGUUACGCGGCGCAUCUCUCCUACGUCAAUGUCGCCCCUCAACAAGCUCGUACUAGAGCUCGGGAUGAGUUCGUUAAGGAACGAAUGAGACAGAGGCAUGGCUAUGGCAAGUGA